AUGUCAAUCAAAAGAACAGAUUGGUCAGAAGCUUCUUCGAAUCAUAAUUUAACAAUCGAUGAUCCAAUAAUAAUACACUUAUCACAACCACUUAAAUUUCCUCAUUUUGUAACGCAAGGUCCAUAUAAAGAUGUUCUAAUAAAAUAUAUGUCAGGUUCAGACAAUUGCGCAAAAAAUUAUGGUGAAUUAUAUCGACAAGAAGGUGAAAGUAAAUUUUUAAAAAUGAAUGGAAAAUUUUAUAAUUUUCAUUCACAAACUGGUAAUUAUUUGGAAUUUAAUCCUGAUUAUAUUAAUACUAUGAAAUUAAAUUUUGCAUUUUCUAAAGGUAUAGAGCUCACGUCAUUCCCAAUACCGAUAGAAGAUGAUCACUUUGUUUGUACUACCGAUGAGGAAAUAAUUAAUCUGUUCUUGUCACAAAGAGAGUUGAAGUUAUUAUUAAGUGAUUCCAAUGAAUAA